GAAGCGGGUGAGCAUCUCCCUGGACGGUCUUCUGCUGGGCCUUGCCGAUAGUGGGCCUGCUGUUGCAAACUUCUUGGAGUUCUGCCAGAGCUGCGAGGUCUUCGCAUUCUCAGUAGCCGACAGCGAUGCCAGAGAAGCGCAGGUGCUCCAGAUGCUUGAUAGUCUCGGUGCUCGACGAGCUGGCUUCAAGAGGCACCGGCUCAUGUUCUCCAGCACCCAAGAAGGGCGCGUUUCCAUGGUCCGGCAGCUACAGCCAGAUCUCCACCUGGAGGCGUCGCCGGAAGUUGCUGAGGCGCUUCUCGGCAAGGUUCCUGACGUCCGCGUGGUCGAAAGCCUGCCGCGGGUAGAGGAGGCCUUGGCCCUGUGA